GGUACCAUCUCUUCGUUGCAGCAGAGCAAACAGCCCCUCUCCUAUCGCACCGACCAGCUCGCUCCCCCCUUCCCAAUGGCCGCCAUCCAUAUGCAGGCGGCGGCUCCACCGCCCCGUCCACCUAUGGAUCGCUCCGCUUCCUUUGAUCAAACCCGCUCACGAUCAGCUCAAAGCUAUCACUCGACAUCCCGUUCCUCUUCUCCCGCCGUCAGACCUCAGACCUACGCCCACGCAGCGUCUGGCAGUCAAUCUCUUUCACACUCUCGGACAAACUCCAGUGCAUCCGGUUCAGCGUCCUCUUCACCCUACGUCCACUCUCAGCCAUUUGGCGCACCCAACUACUUUCCUCAACCACCACCACGACCUUCACUACCAUCAUCCAUGUACUCCCUUCCUCACUCACAAUCAUGGUCCACCACUGCCUUGCCGACUAACUCUUUCUAUCCACCUCCCAUGCUACCCCCUUAUGGCCAUCAACAGGUCUAUCCCAAUUACGCUCAGACACCAGCCGAAUUCGCAGCUUGGGCCAACGCGUAUCACCACAUGAUGGCUGCCUCCAUGGCUGCGAGCGGUGAUUAUGCCAAUGGACAAGGUAUGCCUCCCCCACCAUUGACAGAAUUCGGCGGCGGAGGAGGAGCAGGAGGAGGAGGAGAUAGGAAACGCACACAUUCAGGACCAUCGCAAUCUCAUGGAUACAACCAACACGUUCUGCAUCAGCAUCAUCACCCUUACGACGCUCAGUAUGACCACCAUGGCAUGUCUCACCCUUCCAAAUCGAUAUCGGGACCAAGUCACGUCCAUGGACACGGUGGUCCGCACCCAUACAAGAAGAACGACAUCAAACCGGCCAAGGAGAACAUUCCCACCGUUCCAAAAUCCACUUCUACCCCUGCCUUCCCGACCUAUCCUUCACGACUCUCUUCUGACAGUUCAGAAUCUUUUGAGCAUCAUCAUCAGCAGCAUCAUCACCAUCAUCGCCAAUCAUCUAUGGAUUCACCAUCUUCAUCUAUACAUGCUCAACGCCCACCCAUCGCUCCGAGAAAGGAUUCCGCGCACAUGGAUCGAUCCAAGUUGUCUACCUCACCCGCUCCAUCCGUCAGAAGCUCCACCUCUCCCGCACCGACCAUCAAGGCGGUGACUUCAAACCAACAGUCUCAACCCCUGCAUUCGGGUCCUAUCGCAAACGGGACCAAUACGCCUCAACCAACUCACGCGUCAAGACCCUCUCCGCUGUCCCAACAUGCUACCGCGGUCGCACCAACGCCCGCGUCUCCGCCUGAAAAGGUCAAGAAUGGCCUGAAGAGUCGACUGAAAAAGGCGCUGGAGAAGGACGCAGCGGCAUCGAGCAAAAAAUCCUCCUCCUCCUCCUCCUCCUCCUCCGCCGCCGCAGCACCGUCAGCCAUCACGAAGCAAACACAUGCAAACUCUCCGUCCCUCAAUUCCAAUCACUCCGUCACUCCACCCACUACCCCACCCCAAGCUUCGGAUCUCGCGACGCCAUCUGCCCCUUUCACCGUCGCUCAUCCACAAGCGAUGGGGAGCGAGAUAUCCGUUGCGUAUACUGAACGGACAGCGACUGGUGCGCCGUCAUUCAGUGAACUGAACCAAUCUGGAGGUAAAAAGCGAAGCUUGUUCAGGAUGAGAAACAUGUCCACGGAUAACAUUUCGUUGAGCUCUACGGUCAGUUCGGCCAGUAUGAUGAUCAGAAAGAUGGGAAGCUUGGGCAAACUCGCGAGACGAAACAGCCUCAUGGGGAUCUCUAAAAUCUUCAAAGACAAGCCGAAAGAUGAAGACGCUGCGCUACCUGAGAAGGAGGCCAAAAUGUCAAAGAAGGACAAGAAGGCGGCGAAAAAGGCCGCCGCUGCAGCAGCAGUAGCAGGUGGUAAAGGUCAAGCAGCGCCUGUGGAGUUGUCUCAUGCCACGGCGGAGCAAGAUCGCUUCGCGGCCGGGUUGACCGAAGCGGAACGGGAAGAAGAAGAUCGCGUACUUGCCGGUCUCUCGCCUGCUGCCAAAUUGGCUCGACAGCAUACGCUUCGAUCCAAAGCGGAGGCUUCUGAACGCGAGGCUCAGCGUUUGAGCCAGAUCUCCACGACUUCUUCGGAUGUAUCUGGUGAACUUGCCUGGGAUUACAACAAGGCGAAUCGAAAUGGAGGUGUAUUGCCUCCCAUCUCUAGCGUCACCGAGGAAUCUGGUCCGGUCUACUCCCCCUCCGGAACCAUUGUCCGCGUUGCGUCUCGUCAGCCGCCUAAUCUCGUCCAUGCUGUCGCGGUCUCUGAACAUGAAUACGAUUCUGCGGACGAUUCGUCCGAUGGUGAAACUGUCGAAGAUGUCACGCUUCAUCUUGCUAAUGCGAGAUUGAGUGAUGGCGCUGCGGAUAGAGCGUUUAGAGAAGCUUGGGGCAACGCAUGGAUCGACAAGAAUGCCGUGCCGAGGAAGGGUAUCUUGAAGAACGCCCUCUCUUCGGAAGAUCUCGAAGCUACUGCUCGUCGUCAACGGUCAAGCUCCGCAGCUGAUCACACGGCUCAUUUGACUCGUGGACCCAUGUCGUCUCCGAAUAUCAACGCCGACAAAAUUGACGGUCUGGAUCACACUACUCGUACCGAACACCUGAUGACUGCUUCUCCCACACCUGCAUCGCCAGCCGACUCCCUGUCUGGAAGUCUCUCCACCGGCCCAGAUGGCCAGCACUUCCCAUACCAGAAUCCCGCGCACAACACGUCGGCUCCGACGCUCUCCUUGCUGGGUUCUAGUAAACCACUUGUCCCGCGAGCGUUGACCGCACCGACACCCGCUAAGCGGAGAAUCAUCUGGGCCCCGGCGUGCGCCGUGUACUCGACGUACGAUUCGGGAACAUAUGAUAGACGGAGUGGACCUGCUACGUGUAAUCAAUUGACUCCAGAAUUGGCCAUGCAAAUCAAGCAGGAACUCAACGCGUUCAAACUGGAGAUGCCGAUUCAUCCUGCGUCGCGUGAUAACACACAUUACUUUGCAUGAGCCUAGCCACACUGUCUUCUCCGAGACGACUCUCAUGUUGCAUGGAAUACGACUCAACGACUCUGAGAGGCAUUGUUCGAUCGCCUUUCUUGUAACCUGUCGACGGACCAGAUAUCACCCAAUCUGUACACAAAAACGGUUUACGCUGCUCAGUCAACCUCCUCUUA